AUGGACUCAGUCUCAGAAAUUAGAUUUGGAAAUAAUGAUAUAUUUGCUACAGGAGCUUGGGAUGGCUAUAUCCGCUUUUAUUAAAUCCUUUCACAAACUGGGAUCUAAACACAAAUAGCUCUUGACUUUAAAAGCGUCAUAGAUUGUCAAGAACCAGUGCUUUCUAUUAGUUGGAAGAGAGAUAUGUCAAUGAUAUUUGCGGCUUUGGCAGAUAAUACAGUUAGGGCUUAUGAUAUUAAAACAGGACAGAAUAUCGUUUUGGGUUAUCAUGAUGAUUGCCCAGCAAGAUAAGUUUUUUGGAAUGAUGAAUUGUAAGUUUUGGUCUCUUUGGGCUUUGACAAGAAGCUAAGAUUAUGGUCACUUAAAUAGAACACUAUGGGAAUGAAGCCAUCUCCAGUUUAUGAAUUAAAUUUGACUAGCAUACCAACUGUAGGUGAACAAGAUUAAAAUGAAAGGAUGUUUGCAUAUGCUGAUGUAGAUUGCAAAAUUAAGUGGUUUUCAUGGGAUAAAAUCAGAGGCAACUUAAAUAGCACUGUUGCCAGGAAUAUUUUUGAGAUUGAAGAUUCCAAGCUAGGAAAUAGAUCAUAAAUUAGCACUUUAUCAAUUUCCCAUAAUUCAAAGUAAAUGGGAUAUUGUUCAGUGGAUGGAAGAGGAGCAGUGAUGGAAAUGAAUGACAGAUUAGAGGGGCAAAAUAGAAUUGUAUAUAAAUGUCACAAAAGAGAAGAGGAUUCAAAGAAUUCGUUUAAAUCAGAAAAGAUUAAUACAUAUUAUGUUGUUAAUUCACUUCAAUUUAAUUGCAGAUCAUACGAUUGGGUUAGCACAAGUUCAUCAGAUAGCACUAUAAUAUUUUGGGAUUUAAAAAAGAAAAACAAAAUCACAACUAUACCAUUUGAUGCUCCUGUUAUUGCAAGUCAAGUGUCUCCAGAUGGCUACUUCUUAGCCUAUGCCACUGGAUAUGAUUGGGGACAAGGACUAGAUGGAAUCGAUAAUAGAUUUUCAAAUAAUGUUGGAGCUGUUUUCAUAGAUAAACAAUAACUAUUUUAUGUUUGAUAAACUUAACUCUAGUAUUGAUUAAUGUAAUAUAAAAUUC